ACAGACACAAUCGCUCACCACCAUUUACACACUCUCACACUAUAUAUCCUUCACUCUCUUCCUUCUUUUUCUUCAUCUUUUCUUCACUUGCCGGCAUGCCAGACAAUGUUGUUGUUUCCAACAUGGAGCUUGAGAGAUUGCUUAGCAUGAAAGGAGGCAAAGGUGAAGGAAGCUAUGCCAACAAUUCCCAAGCUCAGGCCAUCCAUGCCAAGUCCAUGCAUCACCUUCUGAAAGAAGCCCUAGAUGGAGUUCAACUUCAAGACCCUAAUAUCCCUUUUGUGGUGGUGGAUUUGGGGUGUUCAUGUGGCAGCAACACCAUCAAUGUGGUGGAUGUGAUCAUAAAGCACAUCAUCAAACGCUAUGAGGCUUUAGGAUCAGAACCUCCUGAGUUUUCUGCUUUCUUCUCAGACCUUCCUGGGAAUGACUUCAACACCCUCUUCCAGCUCCUUCCUCCCUUAGCCAACUAUGGAGUUAGCAUGGAGGAGUGCCUUGCCGCCACCAACCACCGUGCCUACUUCGCCGCCGGCGUCCCUGGCUCCUUCUACCGGAGACUUUUUCCGGCAAGGUUCAUUGAUGUUUUCCACUCAGCCUUUUCCUUGCAUUGGUUAUCUCAGGUACCAGAAUGUGUGAUGGAGAAGAGGUCAAGUGCAUACAACAAGGGGAGGGUGUUCAUCCAUGGUGCUAGUGAGAUCACAGCAAAAGCUUACAGAAAACAAUUUCGUUCAGACUUGGCUGGGUUCUUGAGUUCAAGGUCUGUGGAAUUGAAGAGAGGGGGGUCCAUGUUCUUGGUUUGCUUAGGCAGAACUUCUGUGGACCCCACAGACCAAGGUGGGGCAGGACUCCUAUUUGGGACCCACUUUCAGGAUGCUUGGGAUGAUCUUGUCCAAGAGGGAUUAAUUAGCAGUGAGAAAAGAGACAGCUUCAACAUUCCAGUUUAUGCACCAAGCCUGCAAGAUGUGAAGGAGGUGGUUGAAUCUGAUGGUUCAUUUGCCAUAAACAAGCUUGAGGUGUUCAAAGGAGGAAGCCCUCUUGUGGUGAACCAGCCAGGUGAUGCUAGAGAAGUAGGAAAGGCCCUUGCCAACACCUGCAGGAGUGUGUCUGGUGUUCUUGUUGAAGCUCACAUUGGUGACAAGCUUAGUGAAGAACUGUUUCUCAGAGUGGAACGUAGAGCAGCACGCCAUGGCAAGGAGUUAUUGGAGCAGUUACAGUUCUUUCACAUAGUUGCAUCCCUUUCUUUUGCUCAAUGAUAAUGAGAGACAAAGAAGAAAAAGACCCUUUGGACACAACAAGAGGAGAAGGAAAAUGGCUUAUCUAGUUCUCUUACUAUUUCUUUUCGUGUGUUGUUUUUGCACUUUUUAUUUCAUAGGAAGAGUCAAAACACACAUGAGAGAGACAGAAAAGAGGGUUCAGCACUUGCUGCCUCUAUUUUUUUUUUCUCUCUUAUGAGUGUUUUUCUGUGUUCUUGCACUUUCUACACAUCAUAUGCUUUCUGACUUGUGUUCCCUUUGGAUCAAAAGAUAAAGCUUUCCUCGUGUUAUCUGAAAUAACAGCUUUUCACAGUGUGGA